CCCGGCUUCGGCGGCAGCGUCUGCGAAGUGGACCUGGACGAGUGCGCGUCCAAUCCCUGCGCGAACGGCGGCUCCUGCAUCGACAGGGCCAACGGCUUCAAGUGCCACUGUCCCAAGGGUUUCUAUGGCAACCGGUGUUUGUCUGACGUGGACGAGUGCGCGUCCAACCCGUGCCUGAAUGGCGGCACGUGCGACGACGAGGUGAACCGCUACGUGUGCCACUGUUUGAAGGGCUUCUCUGGCGCGCGCUGCGACGUGGAGGUGAAUGAGUGCGAUUCGAACCCGUGUCAGAACUCCGGCCAAUGUCUGGACUUGAAGUCCGGCUUUCAAUGCGUUUGUCAAAAAGGCUUUUCGGGAAUCCUGUGUCAAUCCAAUGACAACGACUGCCAAUCGGAUCCGUGUCUCAACGGCGGCGCAUGCGUGGACCUGGUCGGCCGCUACCACUGCCGCUGCGCGCCCGGCUUCUUCGGCCACAACUGCGAGCGCGACGUCGACGAGUGCGCGUCCAACCCGUGCGCGAACGGCGGCUCCUGCAUCGACCGCGCCAAC